AUUGCCUCCAGACCUGACAGGAAAAGAGGGGGAGGGUCUCGUCUAGGAGGAGCUCCUUACACCACCCUGGUGUAAGGAGCGAAGCUUUUUCUUCCUGUGGGAUGUCGGGGUGCUCACAUUUAUGAUUGUUCCCUGAGGGAAAGCGAAGCUUUUUCUUCCUGUGGGAUGUCGGGGUGCUCACAUUUAUGAUUGUUCCCUGAGGGGAAGCAGUAAUGAAAUGCAGGCUGCAGGCGACCAGUACUGUACCUGUUUAAAAAAAGAUCACAGGAGAGCUGUGGAGGUGGUGUGGGAAUGCACUGACACUCCCCCCCACCACCUUUUGAAUGGUUAUAGGAAUGUGCUGGGAGAUCUGUCCUUUGUGUCUCCCACCUACCCACCCUUAUCAUCCCUGGAUUUCCUCUUUCUUGGGAGAGGGCGGUUGCUGUGUUUUCUUUAUACUGGUGUUAAUAUAUCAGAUGGGAGUGGAGAGAGAAGAAAGGCAAGCUCCUAACCGGUGGAACCUGAAAUGAGGAAAGUGGAGGGUGUCAAGAAAGACCAUGGUGGCUAAUGGAAGAUCCCUCAUCCAUACCACCUUCUCCCCUUCAGCAUUUGUUUACUAUAAAUGAUACCUAUUGGCGUUACUGAAAAUAGGGGACAGGAAACAUUACAGUGACUUCUUCUGAAAAAAGCUGACUUGAGAUAUAGUUCAUUGAAUCACACUUUCUAAUGUUUGAGAGUUUGCUGCAUGUGAUCUUAUGUUCCAUCUUUCCAUGGGUGUUUGUCUGUUCUGAAAAGGAUAUGUUUGCAGAAAUGGAUGUAAUACUUUGGUGCAUCCAAGCGAUUCUCUUUCCAUCCCACACCGUUGCUAUUGGAUACUGUACAAAGAAGCAGCUAUAGUGACCCAUAUGUGAUAUUGGGGGAUUAAUACACUACAGUACUUUUAUAUUUGCUAACUUACAGUCCUGCCUUUUUAGUAGCAGUUUUAGUCAAGGUGCAAAAAGCAUUCAUAUGUUGUUCUUCUGAAAUAGGUGGAGUGGACAGAGAGAAAACAUUGGAAGGGAGAGGAAAAAGUAUUCAGUGAAGAAUGAAAAGAAAGAGCGAAGAUAGUCCAAGUCCCAAAAGACAGCGCCUUUCUCAUUCAGUCUUUGACUACGCAACAUCAUCACCAGCCCCAUCACCACCAAUGCGACCAUGGGAGAUGACAUCAAAUAGGCAGCCUCCUUCAGUUCGACCAAGCCAACAUCACUUCUCAGGGGAACGAUGCAACACACCUGCGCGCAACAGAAGGAGCCCUCCUGUUAGACGCCAGAGAGCAAGGAGAGAUCGACUGUCUCGACAUAAUUCCAUUAGUCAAGAUGAAAACUACCAUCUUCCUUAUGGACAGCAACAAGCAAUAGAAGAACCACGAGCCUUUCACCCACCAAAUGUGUCUCCCCGUAUGUUGCACCCAGCUGCUCAUCCGCCACAGCAGAAUGCAGUCAUGGUUGACAUUCAUGAACAGAUUCACCAGGGCACAGUCCCUGUUUCAUAUACAGUGACCACAGUAGCACCACAUGGGAUCCCACUUUGCACAGGUCAGCACAUACCAGCUUGCAAUACGCAACAGGUCCCAGGGUGUUCUGUGGUUUUCAGUGGGCAGCACCUCCCUGUCUGCAGUGUGCCUCCUCCAAUGCUUCAAGCUUGUUCUGUUCAACAUUUGCCAGUUCCAUAUGCAGCGUUUCCACCCCUCAUUUCUAGUGAUCCAUUUCUCUUACAUCCUCCACAUCUCUCCCCACACCACGCUCCACAUUUGCCACCUCCAGGCCAGUUUGUUCCUUUUCAAACACAGCAAUCACGAUCGCCUCUCCAAAGGAUAGAAAAUGAAGUAGAGUUACUUGGAGAUCAUCUUCCCGUAGGAGGUUUUACCACCUAUCCACCUUCAGCCCAUCCACCAACAUUGCCUCCCUCAGCUCCCCUUCAGUUCCUAGCGCAUGACCCUUUACAUCAAGAGAUGUCAUUUGGAGUACCUUAUCCACCCUUUAUGCCUCGAAGACUCACAGGGCGCAGUCGAUACCGAUCUCAGCAACCAAUUCCGCCUCCUCCUUACCAUCCCAGCCUAUUGCCAUAUGUGCUAUCAAUGCUUCCUGUGCCACCUGCCAUUGGGCCAGCCUUCAGUUUUGAGCUGGAUGUAGAAGAUGGUGAAGUAGAAAACUAUGAGGCACUGCUGAACUUGGCAGAAAGACUGGGUGAAGCUAAACCAAGAGGAUUAACAAAAGCAGAUAUAGAACAACUUCCGUCUUACAGGUUCAACCCAAAUAACCAUCAGUCAGAACAGACUUUGUGUGUAGUAUGCAUGUGUGACUUUGAGUCAAGGCAGCUGCUUAGAGUUUUACCAUGUAACCAUGAGUUCCAUGCCAAGUGUGUCGACAAAUGGCUUAAGGCAAAUCGUACCUGCCCUAUCUGCAGAGCUGAUGCUUCAGAAGUGCAUCGUGAUUCAGAAUGACCGGUCUAAGAGCACAAUUCUACUUUGGGUGUUCCUAGUCAUGUGUGUGUGUGUGUGUGUGUGUGUGUGUGUAUGUAUAUA